UGACACAAAGCCUCUUGUCACCGUCAACAGACCCCAAGCGCGUUUAAAGCCGUCGAGCCCCAGGCAAAACACUCCCAAGCACCCAAAAGGCAUCGCAGCCCCUCUUCUUUCUCUCUUCUUUCAUUCUCUCCUCAACAACCCCCCCGCCAACGACUUUUCGCGUCCCCCACCAAGACAGCAAAAGCAAAACACCUCAAGAAGAGACCGUCAGUCGCCUUUCGCAGCCGCCGGUCAGCCUCUCGUCAACUCCUCUUCCUUUUUUCCCACGAGACACCCCGGAACAUCCGAGUUUAUGUCCAUCGAAAAUCUCAAGACCUUCGACCCCUUCGCCGAAGCCGACGACGACACCGGUGAUAUCAAGAAGGUCGAGAACCAUAUCCAUAUUCGCAUCCAACAGCGAAAUGGUCGCAAGUCUUUGACCACGGUCACUGGUCUUCCUGCUAAAUUCGACCCCGGCAAGAUUCUCACCUUCUUCAGGAAGGAAUUUGCUUGCAAUGGCAACAAGGUCAAUGAUGAAAAGGCCGGCGAGGUGAUCCAGCUCCAGGGCGACCAACGCAAGAAGGUCCUGGAUUUCCUCGUUGACAAGAAGGCCGGUCUCGGUCUCAACCCCGAUAACAUCACCGUUCACGGUGCCUAAGUUGUCCUCUUCGCGCCGCCGCCCCCGCCGCCCCUCCAGCGACUUGGCUUCACAGCAUGCUGGUGAUGAGCGUAUCGGAACGGGGCUGUUUGGACAGCCUGUGGACUUCAUACUGAUGCCUACCGCACACUCCACCUUACCGAAAUCGCUGUGCGCGCCCGAUCUUAUCGGGAGGCACCCGGAGCGCUUUCACCCAGUAUCGGCCCUCUCCCCGGUAUAAUUCAUCGGUGUGCGUGUAGCAACGUUGCCUGAAGGGUCUGGCCGGCCGGACGCCAUAAAGAGGAUGCGACAGGGAGAGUAAUAGUCUUAUUGGCCUUGUUUGCGCCACCUACUUCUGCCGCGCUGCGGCGCAGCAGUUUGAAUUAGCAACGCUUCUCUUGUUCUUGACUUGUCGACGCAAUCGUCUGGGCUAUGGGUUCAACCUGUCAGUCGAUGGAUGAUGUAUCUUCAAACUGGCUGUUUAUUUAUUACAACAUUCGGGGCUUGCAUUCGGAUGGGCUUUGCCGUAGUCUAGGGCAAAUAGAGAUUAUAAUGCUAAAG